CUUGGUAUUCUUAAUAAUAUGUCUUGGAGAUUGUUUCAUAUCAUUAUAUUUAGAGCUACCUCAGUCUUUCAACAACUGCAUAUAAUUUCAUUGCAUGAAUGCAUCAUAAUUUAUCUGGCCCUUAUAAGUGGACAUUUAGGGUUUUAAAAAAUCUUUUUCAGUUAUGAACAGUGCUACAAUGAAUGCCUUGUCAUAUUUUUAAGAUGAGUUUUACAGCCAACGUACUAGAAGAUGGAAGGAAGCAUGUUUCUCACCCAUUCCAUUUCAGACUUCAUUUUUAGGGGAAAUUGUGCUAUUUGGAGAACCACAUUUGGCUUAGAGGUUCAGGAGUACUUGGAUCCUACCCUGGUGUAACUCUUCCCUCCCCUACGUCUGGGCCGAUGAGAGAUGGAGAAAAAAAGCAAGAACCCUCAUUCUUAGAGGGGCUGAAAGCCUAAAGCCGUGCUCUCUGGAGGACACCCCUUCCCCUAAGCCAGGGCUUCUCUUUGACGUUUGGGACUAGAUAGACCUUUGUUCUGAGGGCUGUCCCAUGCAUUGGAGCAUGUUUAGUAGCAUCUCUGGUCUCGACCCACUAGAUACCAGCAGCACCUUCUCCCUAGUUGUGACAGUGUCUCCUGGCUGAGAUCUACUGCUCUAACCCAACGUGGACCUCAGAAUCGUACCACCCACAGGCUGGCACAGGGCAGGAGCCUGAGGCACCAGAAGUGCUUGGCCCAGAAUAGAAGUGGAAGUGAGAUGACCAGGCUUAGCACAGCAGGAUCAGCCUGUCCUGCCAAAGCAGGCUCAUGGAGACAGGGGUACUCCUGAGGGCCCCAAGUGCACAGCCUUUUCAUGGUGGUGCCCCCCACCCCGCCCAUUGGCAAACGUGGCCCCACGACACCCUGGAAUCUAUCCAAACAUAUAGUGACCUCUGCAGGAAGGAUGGGUGGGAAGCCUGGGAAGAUCUUGAGGCUAUAUUCAUGCAUGCGCAGAGUGAACCAAUGCACCCGCCGACCACGGGUGGCCUCCAUCAGAAUGGAGACAGUAGAUGUGAACUUUGCUUCCACCUCAGGGUCUAAGGACAAAGCUGCUGGAGCUGGCAUUUUUUCCCCCACACUUCUGGAUCAGGCUGUUUUUGAGUCCAUGAUCAGCCUGCAUUUCUUUAAUUAACUUGAACCAGGGGUGAUAGAUAAUCUAUACCCUUUUUCCUUGGAUGGUUGGUCUUCACUUUUCCCCUGGUUGGCUCCUAGGAAUUAUGUAAUUUUUGGUAUUCAUCUGAUUUGUUGCUGCGGGACACCAAAAGGGAGGAACUUGGCACUCAGACAUCAAGGUGAAUGUCACAAACAGAGGCCAGUGGAGGGUGGAGGCUCCCAGGGGAGGCACGGGGUACAGAUCACAAUGUCAGGCUUAGGCUUUCUGAUAAAGCUCCCGGUUGUCUUGUGAUGGGGGAGGGGAGAGCUGAAAUCAGGAUUGUGAGCUGUGACUGAAAUAUCUGCAGCAGCUCCAGGUAAGAGAGGCCCAAGACCUAGGAUGGCAACAAAAUCUCCCAAGAUCUAGCCAGCCAAGCAAGCCUCUAUUUUCUUCAUGUUCUUCCCAAUCCAUAAAGAUCACAGCUUUUGCCAGCCAUAAUCCCCGCCUAUAAUCGCAGUACUUUGGGAGGCCAAGGCAGGAGGAUUGCUUGAGCCCGGGAGUUUGAGACCAACCUGGGUAACAUGCGAGACCCCAUUUCUACAAUAAAAAAUACAAAAAUUAGCUGGGUGUGGUGGCAUGCACGUAUAGUCCCAGCUACUCAGGAGGCUGAGGUGGGAAGAUUGCUUGAGCCCAGGAGGCAGAGGUUGCAGUGAGCUAGAUCACACAACUGCACUCCAGCCUGGGUGGCAGAGUGAGACCCUGUCAUAAACAAAAACAAAAAUAAAAACAAAGAAAAAAAACCCCACAGCACACAGCUUUUAAAGAGAUGGAGUGACAAAGAUCACACAACAAAGAGUUAACAAAAGAACUGGGUUGUAGGGCUGGGCAGCAAUUGAAGCUGUUUUUCCUCCCAGAUGAUUGGACGCCUCACCUUUUAGGGAUGAGGGGUCCUCAGGGGCAGGGUCUGGGUAUGAGUAGGAGAGAAGCCUCCUUCAAAACCAACUUUCAGAGAGUUGGAUGCUUUUUCUUUUUGAGAUGGAGUUUUGCUCUGUUGCCCAGGCUGCAGUGCAAUGGUGUGAUCUAGGCUCACUGCAACCUCUGCCUGCUGGGUUCAAGUGAUUCUCCUUCCUCAGCCUCCUGAGUAGCUGGGAUUACAGACACACCACCACGCCUGGCUAAUUUUUUAUUUUUAGUAGAGAUGGGGUUUCACCAUGUUGGUCAGGCUGGUCUCAAACUCCUUACCUCAGAUGAUCUGCCCGCCUCGGCCUUCCAAAGUACUGGGAUUACAGGCAUGAGCCACAAUGCCCGGCCAGAGUUGGAUGCUUUUUGGAGAGGAAUGAAUUUGGAUUAGGCAUUCACAUUUAUUUAUGCCCUUACAUGUUAAAGAAGGUGAAACUGAGGCCAGGUGCAGUGGCUCACACCUGUAAUCCCAGCACUUUGGGAGGCUGAGUCGGGUGGAUCACGAGGUCAGGAGAUCGAGACCACCCUGGCUAACAUGGUGAAACUCCAUCUUUACUAAAAAUACAAAAAAAAUUUAGCCUGGCGUGGUGGUGGGCACCUGUAGUCGCAGCUAAUUGGGAGGCUGAGACAGGAGAAUGGCGUGAACCCAGGAGGCAGAGCUUACAGUGAGAGGAGAUCACGCCACUGCACUCCAGCCUGAGUGACAGAGCAAGGCUCUGUCUCGAAAAAACCAAACAAAACAAAAAACUCAAGCAAAUUCGAUCUGAGGAAAAGCCCAGUUCUCAGUGAUGAGGAUUCUGAUCUUGACUUUGAUAUCAACAAAUUGGAACAGCAGAGCAAGGUGCAAAGCAAAGGACAUGGAAAACCAAGAGAAAAGUCCAUAGUAGAUGAGAAAUUCUUCCAACUCUCUGAAAUGGAGGCCUAUUUAGAAAACAGAGAAAAAGAAGAGGAAUGAAAAGAUGAUGAUGAGGUGGCAGAUACUGAUUUUUCUGAAGAUACUGAUUCUGAUGAAGAUGAAGGGGGACUGUUUGGAAGUAAAAAACUUCAGAUAAAAGUUCCAGAAAUAUGAAGUACAAAGAUUUUUUUGAUCCAGUUGAAAGUGAUGAAGACAUAGCAAGUGAUCACGAUGAUGAUCUGGUUCAAACAAGAUGAUGAAAUUGCUGAAGAAGCAGCAGAAGAACUAAGCAUUUCUGAAAUGUAUUUAGAACCAUCCUUUACAUUGUUAGCUGGAAUUGCCCAAUCAUGUAUUGGUACUUGUGGUUUUCACAUAUGUUUGUUUUAAGAAGUUAGAUUCUCUCCUAUCAGAUAUUCUCAAGAUAGCCAGAGGAAAGUCUGGAUUUAAAGGGACAUUAGAGAUCAUUUAAUGAAGAAAAAUAUUACUGGCAGUAGCAAUCAAACCUUUCUUACCAGGAACUUUGAUUUGGUUUUGUGCCCAAAAUAUCCUGUUAUUUUUGUGAGAUAGGAGGUUUGUAUUAUAGAUUGAUGAAUAAUUUAUUUUCUAUAUAUUGGACACUUUUUGUUCUGUUUCUUACAUAGCAUGUCACUUAAAUGAUACCUUCUCUUCCUCCAUACCUGAAUGAUUUUGGAAGUUCUGAGCAUUUGGUGGCAUUAGGCAUAUAAAAGAAGAACUUUAUUAAGGGAAAAUAUGUUUCCUUUUGUUUUUCUAAUGGAAAGCAGUAUAUUUUUUUUUGUAAGAGUUUUGGUAGUGCAGGGAUGGAGAUGAUGACCUGGAAGAAAGUGAAGACAGUAAACAAGGUAAAGAAAGCUGGAAAAGAGUGACCUUUGCUUCACCGGAUGAUGAGGCAACUGAAGAUGCAGGUGUUUUAAAUGUAAAGAAAAAUUCUGAUGAAGAUAAAUCCUCUUUUCAAAAAAGACAGGAAAAGCAUAUCUCUCCUGACAAAGCUGUCCUGAGAACCUCUUCUUGUAACUGUUUUGACUGCUCCGGAGGAUGCCGCCUACGUCUUUAAGAUGAAUGACAAAAAUUACAUCUUUAGAAAAAGAGUUGUUAGAAAAAAGCCUUGGCUGCGUGUGGGGGAAGUGACAACACAGAAGAGACCAGAGAAGAGCCUCCUGGAGGAGAGCUGCGCUUUGACCAUGCUGUCCGGAUGGGUGUGGUGCACUCUUCUGCAGUGUUCACUUCUAUGCUUUUUCUAUGGUCCCAUUUCAUAGAAAGAUUUGGGGUGAUGUUUCUUUCCCUCAACUUUUUAUUUUAAAAACUUGCAAACACAGAAAAGUUGAUAAAAUCAUGCAGUGAACAUAUGUAUGCUAUUCAACUGGAUUCACUAGUUAACGUUUUGUCAUAUUUGUUUUCUCUCUUCCACGUAUGGAAGAUUGUAUAUGUGCCCUUCUUCCCCCUGAAUGAUUUCAAAGUAAGUUGGCAGUAUCAGAGCAUUUCACUGUUAAGUACUUUUGCAGAUAUCAUCUAAGAACCAGGACAUUCUCCUAUAUAAUCACAAUGCCAUUAAUCCACCCAAAAAUUUUAACAUCAAUACACUAAUGAUAUCUAAUGUAUGGAUUAUAAUCAGCUUUCUGGCAGUAAUCUGUUUAGAAGGCUUGCAUCCUGUCACUGUCCACCGAUUAAAUUUUGAACUCUAACUUGAAACCCUGGUCAUCUCAUUGCCUUCUUUCUUAUACCCAUUAAAUCCAAAGGAGCUCUCAUUUUAUUUCUACAGAAAAGAGAAUGGAAAAGAGGGGAAGAGUCCCUAGUACCUUGGAUAAAGUAUGAGCACUUACUACCAUAUGUAUUCUAGUUCUGUAGUUUUCAAACUUCAGGGAGCAUCUCAAGGCUUAUUAAAGCACAGAUAGCUGUCCUUCCCCACUCUCUGAUUCAGGAGGUGUGAGGCUGGCCCAGGAAUUUGCAUGUCUAACAAGUUCCCACAUGUUGCUGAUGCUGAGGGUCUAAGGAAUACAAUGCGUGAACCCGUGGUUUAGUGGAUAUCCACCUAAUGAAUACAUGUUGUAUUUCCUUUUGCACCUGUGAUUACAGAGGAAACACCUUUCAACUGGAAGAUAUCAUUAAACAGAGGAUAACAGAUCAGUUGAGAGACCAUCAUGCCCAGACCAACCCUAGUGUUGGUGCAGGAGCAAGCGACACCAAAAAGAAGAAAAUAAAUAAUGGCACUAACUCUGAGACAACCACUUCUGAUGGUUGCCACUCACCUGAGAAUAAACAACAGAACCGAGCUCAGCUGGAAGAAGAAAAGAAGGCAAACCACCAACAUCAGGAAGCUCUAAGGAGGGAGCUAGAGGCCCAGGUUCAUACCAUACGAAUCCUUACAUGUCAGAAAACCGAGCUUCAGACGGCACUCUAUUACAGCCAGCAAGCUGUCAAACAGUUGGAAGGAGAGGCCAGGGAUCUGAUCGGCCGCCUGCAUGAUUCAUGGAAGUUUGCAGGAGAGUUAGAGCAGGCUCUCUCUGCCGUCACUACACAGAAGGAGAAGGCGGAUAAGUACAUCGAGGAGUUAACAAAGGAGAGGGACACCCUGAGUCUGGAACUGUACAGGAACACCAUAACCGAUGAGGAGCUGAAGGAGAAAAAUGCCGAACUACAAGAAAAACUUCGACUUGUAGAAUCUGAAAAGUCUGAGAUCCAGCUCAACGUAAAGGAGCUAAAAAGGAAGCUGGAGAGGGCCAAGCUCCUGCUGCCACAGCAGCAGCUGCAGGCGGAGGCUGACCACCUGGGUAAGGAGCUGCAGAGUGUGUCAGCAAAGCUCCAAGCCCAGGUGGAAGAGAACGAGUUGUGGAACCGCCUGAACCAGCAACAGGAGGAGAAGAUGUGGAGCCAGGAGGAGAAGAUACGGGAGCGGGAGGAGAAGAUACGGGAGCGGGAGGAGAAGAUACAAGAGCAGGAGGAGAAGAUACGGGAGCAGGAGGAGAAGAUGCGGAGGCAGGAGGAGAUGAUGCGAGAGAAGGAGGAGAAGAUACGGGAGCUGGAGGAGAAGAUACAUGAGCAGGAAAAGAUAUGGGAGGAGGAGGAGAAGAGGCAGGAGCAGGAGAAGAUAUGCGAGCAGGAGAAGAGGCAGGAGCAGGAGGAGAAGAUGUGGAGGCAGGAGGAGAAGAUACACAAGCAGGAGGAGAAGAUACAGGAGCAGGAGGAGAAGAUGUGGAGGCAGGAGGAGAAGAUGCAUGAGCAGGAGAAGAUAUGGGAGGAGGAGAAGAGGCAGGAGCAGGAGGAGAAGAUGUGGAGGCAGGAGGAGAAGAUACGGGAGCAGGAGGAGAUGUGGAGGCAGAAGGAGAAGAUGCACCAGCAGGAGGAGAAGAUACGGGAGCAGGAGGAGAAGAUGUGGAGGCAGGAGGAGAAGAUAUGGGAGCAGGAGAAGAAGAUGUGGAGGCAGGAGGAGAAGAUACGGGAGCAGGAGGAGAAGAUGGGGAGGCAGGAGGAGAAGAUACGGGAGCAGGAAGAGAAGAUGCACGAGCAGGAGGAGAAGAUGUGGAGGCAGGAGGAGAAGAUGCACGAGCAGGAGAAGAUACGGGAGGAGGAGAAGAGGCAGGAGCAGGAGGAGAAGAUAUGGAGGCAGGAGAAGAUACGGGAGCAGGAGAAGAUGUGGAGGCAGAAGGAGAAGAUGCACGAGCAGGAGGAAAAGAUACGGGAGCAGGAGGAGAAGAUGUGGAGGCAGGAGGAGAAGGUGCGGAAGCAGAAAGAUAUGAUGCGAGAGCAGGAGGAGAAGAUACGUGAGCAGGAGGAGAUGAUGCAGGAACAGGAGGAGAAGAUGCGGAGGCAGGAGGAGAAGAUGUGGGAGCAGGAAGUGAGGCUGCGGCACCAGGAGGAGAAGAUGCAGGAACUGGAGGAGCACCUGGAAGCUGCCAUCUACCGAGCAGAUGACAAGAACGCACAAACAAUAAACAUGUAAAAGCCGGCAGCAAGGCCUGGAGAAGAGUAAGCUGCCACGUGACUGUUUAGAAUAGAGUCUGAGCACAAACCUGAAAAAAAACAUUUAUUUAUUUUAAAUUGUGGCAAAAUACUAGCCAGGCACGGUGGCUCAUGCCUGUAAUCCCAGCAACUUGGGAGACCGAGGUGAAUGGAUGACCUGAGGUUAGGGGUUCAAGACCAGCCUGGCCAAUACAAAAAUUAGCCGGGCAUGGUGGCGCGUGCCUGUAAUCCCAGCUACUUGGGAGGCUGAGGCAGGAGAAUCGCUUGAACCUGCGAGGCAGACGUUGCAGUGAGCUGAGAUCGUGCCACUGCACUCAAGCCUGGGUGACAGAGCGAGACUCCGUCUCAAAAAAAAAAAAAAAGUUCUU